AUGGUGGAGCAGGGAGACGCGGCGCCGCUGCUGCGCUGGGCCGAGGGCCCCGCGGUCUCUGUGCCGCAGGACCCCGCGCUGCAGACGGGAGGAUGGGCCCGGGGCGGCGGUGGGAGCGGCCGAGCGGCCGCGGAUGCGCCCCGAAGGCGGGAACCCGACGAGCCAGCACCCCCCGAAGUGCUGCUGCAGCCCGGGCGUCUGGAGCUGGGCGACGUGGAGGAGGACCAGGUGGUGGCUGUGUUCGUAGUCACCUUCGAUCCCCGCUCGGGAAACAUGGUAGAAUGGUGCUUACCACAAGACAUUGACCUUGAAGGUGUUGAGUUCAAGUCUAUGGCCAGUGGGUCCCAUAAAGUUCAGUCUGAUUUCAUCUAUUUUCGGAAGGGGCCCUUCUUUGGCUUGGCCUGCUUUGCCAAUAUGCCUGUGGAGAGCGAGCUGGAGCGCGGCGCACGGAUGAAGUCUGUGGGUAUCCUCUCUCCAUCCUACACCCUGCUCUACCGCUAUAUGCACUUUCUGGAGAACCAGGUUCGCCACCAGCUGGAGAUGCCGGGACAUUACUCUCAUCUGGCUGCAUUCUAUGAAGACAAGAAAGGGGUUCUCCAUGCUGGCCCCGGAAGGGGUGGCAGUUUACCGCCCGUCUACUGGCUGCCUUCCAUCCACCGCUACAUGUACCCUGAGAUGAAGAUCACACACCCGGCUGGCUGCAUGUCUCAGUUUAUUAAGUUCUUUGGAGAACAAAUCCUCAUUCUUUGGAAGUUCGCCUUACUCCGAAAGCGCAUUCUGAUAUUUUCUCCCCCACCUGUGGGCGUCGUGUGCUACCGAGUGUACUGUUGCUGUUGUCUGGCCAAUGUGUCACUGCCUGGCAUUGGGGGCACCAUCCCCGAGUCGAAGCCUUUCUUCUAUGUGAACGUGGCUGACAUUGAGAGCCUGGAAGUCGAGGUGUCCUAUGUAGCCUGCACCACGGAGAAGAUAUUUGAGGAGAAGCGGGAGCUGUACGAUGUCUACGUGGAUAACCAGAAUGUAAAGACACACCAUGACCACCUGCAGCCCCUGCUGAAGAUCAACAGCGCAGACCGGGAGAAGUACCGCCGGCUCAAUGAGCAGAGGCAGAUGCUCUUGUACUCCCAGGAAGUUGAGGGAGACUACAACCCUUGUGAAGAAGACCUCUUUGUGCUGUUUUUCCUAGAGCAAAAUAACCGGAUUUUUCAGACUCUAUUGGAGGUGUCUGCCAGUCAAGACAAAACUCUCACAGCCGAGCAUGCCCGAGGCAUGGGACUGGACCCCCAGGGAGACAGGAGCUUUCUCAUGGACCUGCUGGAGGCCUAUGGCAUCGAUGUCAUGCUGGUCAUUGACAACCCCUGUUGUCCCUAAGCCGAGUGCCACAGGACUGGUGGUGAGAUGCUCAUGUCGGAUGACAAGAGCCUGGAGUGCACCCCAGGCCCUCAGCAGCUUCAGGUUUAAGUUGAUACAAAGGACCGUUUAUACUUUCCACCACAUGUAAUGUUUGCCAUUUCCUUUCUCCCCCUCAGCCCUGGGCUGAGGUGAGGCCACCUGGGUUUUGUAGCUUCUGGUUGGACACGGGAGUCUACUGUCUUCCACUACCGCUUUGGAUUUAGUCUUAGGAGUUCUGCCAGUCAGAGUGAGUCAAACUCUGGGAUGAACGGUUGAGAAAAUCUGUAUGUCUUCGUCCUUUGCUGCAUACAAGAAUAAGAUAACCACGUGUCCUAGUGUGGCCUUAGAUGUUCCUCGGCCUAAAACCAGAAACUAAUCAGAUGACCUUUCAGGGUCACCAGGUUCUAGGGUCAGGUUAGGAUGACCUAUGUGUCAUAGGGCAAGUCUGCACCUUCUAGGUUGACUGGAGUAGGGACCACAGAGGAGGAAAACAGUGUCCCUGACAGAAUGGCAGGGAAAGUGGAAAGCUAGAAUGAAUCCUUGAGAUCCUUCUGAAAGUAAGGGAAUGAUGGCUGAGCAAUAUAACACCACCCUCCCCCUCACCCCCUGCAUUCCAGUCCCCUUGGGAUGGAUGGGUUGGUGGAUUCUGAAGGUUGGUGCUGGCCUUGGAGCUUACAAGCAAGUUCGUUUCACAUUUGAGUCUCUUUUGAAGGCUGACUAUCUUCUUGGAAUAACAGCUUUAAACAGGCAAGGGAAGAAAUCUCAUGUUUCUCUGAGAGCUCUCUGGAGGGACUGUUUGCAGUCCUGAAGCAGAUACUUCUAGUGAAUUCUGAAAUGUAGCCAGGGUCCGAGCUGGUCGACUCAGAGGUUGGGAUGUGGUGUGAAUAAGUCUUUUAACCAGUUUGAAACUCCCACAAACUUAUCUUUAGCAGAGACAACAUUCCUUAGGCUAAGCAAUUGGAUCCAUAGACUUAACAGAUUUGACAGGGAAAAUAUAACAGUGCCUCCCCUGCCAAGAAAUCACAGACUAACAGCCAUGCCCACUUCCUUUGGUCUAGGACGGAGCCUGCAGUCAGUCGCCUUGUUCUUUGGGGCUGGGUCAACUUGUGACUGCUAGGUUACUAGAUGAGACAUUAGAUGAGAGGGCAGUUGCUAACUAUACUCAGAAAGCCAGUUCCAAUGCUAGUCUCCUUAAAGACUUUGUAUUUUCAGUAAUGAUUUCUCCUCCUAUGCUCUUCCUGCCUGCCUUCGUUAUAUGUGAAUAGCUAGCUAGCCAUCAAACAUCCAUGUCUGUAGCCAAAGAGCAGCC